CCUGGUCUUCAUAGCUUUCACCUACGGCUUCUCCCCGCUGCUGAAGACCCUGACGGAGUCGGUCAGCACGGACACCAUUUACGCCAUGUCGGUCUUCAUGCUCCUGGGGCACCUCAUCUUCUUCGACUACGGGGCCAACGCCGCUAUCGUCUCCAGCACGCUGUCCCUCAACAUGGCCAUCUUCGCCUCCGUGUGCCUGGCCUCCCGGCUGCCCCGUGCCCUGCACACCUUCGCCACGGUCACCUUCGCCAUCCAGAUCUUCGCCCUGUGGCCCAUGCUGCAGAAGAAACUCAAAGCGCGGACGCCCUGCUGCUACGUAGGGGUGACCCUGCUCUUCGCCCUGGCCGCGCUGGCCGGGCUGCUGACCCUUUCUGGCGUCGCUGCCCUUCUCUUCUCCCUGCUGCUGGUCUCCAUUUCCUUCCUGUGCCCUUACUGCCUCCUUCGGCUGCAGCUGCACAAAGACAACAUCCACGGGCCGUGGGACGAAGCCGAAAUCAAGGAUGACCUCUCCAAGUUCCUCAUGUAGAUGCGUCCAGGCCUCCCAGCGGGCAAGCAGGCCACCACCAUCGCUGUUACCGGUGUAAAAGGCUUUGCCAUGCGGCCAACACGCCACGGACGGAAUCACAGAGACGGUUCCAGGGGUGUAACUAAACCUCUGCUCCCAGGCUGACACCAAGGGCUUGGUUCUUACUAGGAGCUUUGGUCCCUCAGGUACGUGUGUGUCGCUCGGUGCCAGGCGUGGAGGUCACCAUUCAGUCAGAUGUCACCAUUUUAUCCACCGCCUCCUCUAUUCAGGACUCCAUGGCUGUUGAUACCAGCUGUAGGCCACAAGCAUCUUCUCCCCAUUGGUGCUGCUGCUGGGGGAGCUGAAAUACUGGUAGUAACCGUAGGGAGUGGUGUAGCCAACGUUCGCUGGUGGCGCCGAGGCCCACCGGAGUUGCUGGGUAUGUGGAAAGCAGCCUUGGAAAUCUCCUUGGCCAGCUGGACGUCCUGGAGAUUAAAAACACCCAAUCCCUCA